CACAGUCAACUAGAGGUCUCCUCAAAGUACAGAUUCAACGAAUUAGAUUAUAAAUUUAUCUCUGUAGCAAUGGCCUUCAAGCUCGCUGUCCUGGUCUGCGCAUUUGCCGCUGUUCGAGCAGGCUUUGUUCCUGCGGCAUACACCGCACACCCUGCUCCAGUCGCAUACGCAGCUGCUCCCGUGGUACAUGCUGCUCCGGCUGCUCAUCUUAUACACGCUAGUCCUGUAGCGUACGCCGCCCCAUUCGCCAAAGUUGCCGCUGUCGCCCCGGUCGCUAAAGUCGAGGAAUACGACGCUCAUCCUCAGUACAGCUUCGCUUACGACGUGCAAGACAGUCUAACUGGUGACUCGAAGACUCAACACGAGACCCGCGAUGGCGACGUCGUUCAAGGCUCCUACUCCGUCGUUGACCCCGAUGGCACCAAGCGCACCGUCGACUACACCGCCGACCCCCACAACGGUUUCAAUGCUGUCGUGCACAAGGAGCCCCUCGCCCACGUUGCUAAAGUUGCCAAAAUCGCCGCCCCUCUGACCUACGCCGCAGGUCCCCUUGUGCACGCCGCACCCGUUGUGCACGCCGCUCCUAUUGUGCACGCCGCUCCCGUGGCCUACUCUGCUCCAAUCUCACAUCUGAGUUUAACUCUCAAAACAUCUUCUACCACUAAAAUGGCUUUUAAGGUCGUUGUAUUCUCCUGCCUGGUUGCCAUGGCUUGUGCCAGCGCUCCGCUCGUUGCCGAGCCUGUAGUGGCGGCCCCAGCCGUAGCGGCCAGACUUGAAGAAUUUGACCCACUCCCUCAAUAUAGAUUUGGAUACGACGUAGCGGACUCUCUCACUGGUGACUACAAAAGCCAACAAGAAGAACGCAACGGCGACUUAGUGCAGGGUUCCUACUCGCUCGUUGAACCUGACGGUACCCGUCGUACUGUUGAUUAUUCAGCUGACUCUGUGAAUGGGUUCAACGCGGUAGUACGCAAGGAGCCUCUUGUGGCUGCCGCUCCUGCUGUAGUCGCCGAGCCUGCCGUAGUACCAGCCCGCAUCGCUGCUGCUCGCGUUGUGGCCGCACCCGUAGCUGCCCCUGUUGUUCCUGUUGCGGCACGUUUGGCUGCUGCGCCGGUCGUUGCUGCCCCCGUCGCGAAGUACACCGCUGCCUAUACAGCUCCUCUUGCGUAUAGUGCUCCAGUUGCUGCUGCCUACCCGGCCCCACUAAGAGCAGCGUACCCUGCUCCCAUCGCCAGAUACAUCGCUCUCUAAGCAACUCUGACACGCAAACAAGGACUGAUUUCUUAAUAAAUGACCAAUA